AUGGAGGAGGCAGCUGGGCCCCCUCCGCGGGCCAAGGCCCGGGUAGUAAGUGCCACAUUGACAUGGAGACAGCGACCUCCUGUCCAGGAAGAGACCAGACACCGUUUUCACAAGGUGUCCCUGGUGUCAGGGGCCGGGAUGAAAGCCUCCCAGGAGGAGAUGUUUGAGCACAGCCUCCAGCAAGAAGAGGUCAAUGGCUUUGCUACUAAGGAAGAAGAGACUGUGAAUUGUCAGGGACCUCGGAAUGAUGGGACCUUCCAGAGCCAUGGGCCCAUCUUUUCUAAGAAGUAUACACCACCCCCCAAGGAGAAAAGGCCAGUUGGAAGGCUGAAGGAAACUGUGGACUGGGGUGAUGGCAGUACACAAACUUCCAGGACUGAGCCAUUAGGCACAGGAGCCAUGGUCAGGACUGAGUUCUUAGUGCCCCUGCCUGGAUCCCGUGAGCCAAGCCCCCACCCAGGUGCGGGUGUCACAAGUGGGAGUCCCCGGAACCGUGAGGAAUGGCGAGUGACACGCACUGUGCGGACCACCACCCUAGUAGGAGGCUACGUGGACCAGCAUGUGAACAGCUCUGGGACCUUGGAGCCAACACUGCCAGGCGAGGCCCUGCCAAGGGGCCGCAAUGUCACCCGCGCAGUUCGGGCAGUGGUGGUAAACCCUGGAGUUGAGGGCUCACCUAACCGCAGCCAGGCCCUGGAGUUGCUGAGUAGCCUUGUGCCUGCUGAGCGCACCCUACCUGCCAGUCGCAUCCCAAGGCCCACGAGUAUGGCACCAAGGAACCCAAGCCUGGGCAGUACAAUGGGGACAGGUCUAGGGCAGGUGCUUGAGACUGGGACAGCUGAGCUAAAUGACAGCUUAGCCCUGGCCCCUGGAAGACUCCCAGCAAGUACUCACUCACCUCCAAACCAGGAUGUCCCUGUAGCCAGCAUGGAACAAGACCAACACCGAACCCUGGAUGCCAGGGCCUGUGAGUCCCCAACAAUACAAGAUGCCUCUAGCCCUACCUCCCUCCCUCUCCAGACUUCUCAGGGCCAAGCACCAGCAGCACCCUCUGCUCCCAGACCCCAGACCCAUGUUCAUUCCCUGGGCCUAGCCCACUCCCCAGAGCAGCCUGUGGUACCCACUCACCCCAGGGUCCAGCCCACUCCCCAGGUCCUGACUCUGGUAAAAGAGGAUGAGCUGACUGAUCUCCCUGCAGCCCCCAUCUUGCCCAUGGUGAGGAGCGAGGUGGUUACAGUGCCUGGACAGCUUCUUGCACCAUCCUCUAUAAGGAGGAAGGCUGUCCUUAGCUCAGAAGGCCUUCCUUCCCCAUUAUCCCCAAGGAGUAAGUUUGUUCAGGACUCUGAAAAUGUAUCUGUCACCACCCUUCCUCAGAAAGAGGCACUUCAGGGUCCUGGUGUUCCUGCUGACCCACCCACAUCGCAGAAAGAGGUUGUCCAGGGCCCUGAAGGCAUCUCUGCCUCUUCCCUUCCCAAGGAAGCGACUGUUCAAAGCUCAGCUGCUCCUGCUCUCCUGCUCCCCAAACAGGGUGAGACCAUCCAAGGUUCCGAAGGGAGCCCCAUCUCAUCUUCCACCCAAAAAGAGGGUAUCCAGAGCCUUGCUGUUCCCCUUGUCCCAUCCUCCCCAGUGGACAAAGUAUCUUCCAUCCCAGAAAGCAAUCCUGCUCCAGUGCCAAUGGGAGCAGAGGCCAGAAUGGAGUCCCAGCUUGUCCCCAACUCCAAUGGGGACAAGGUGCUACCAGAGCCAUCAAGAGAUGAUGAUGAGGUGGCUCUGGCUGUUGAUCUGGAGAUUUUCCUGGAUACUCUGCGGAGCAUGGAGCCCCCUGAGAUCCUCCGCACUCACCGGCUGCCCCGACCCCCCCGCUCCUCCUACCUGGCCAUGUACGCCACACUGCCUGCCAUUGAGGAAGACCAGCCUGGACCAUGGGUGCUACCCAGUCCCCAGGAAGUGCCUGCACUGGAAGAGGAGAAGGAGGAAGAGGAGGAACCAGAAAACCCCUACCUGAGUGAUGAUGAAAAGCUUCAGCGCAGGCAGGAGAAAGCAGGGUCCAGUCCUUCAUGGAACCCCUGUCCUGCCAGGCCCUCUCAGGUCUCCUGCUCUCCUCUGGAGAUGAUGAAGAAGCAUGUAGAAGGUGCCAAGGGCACCCCUACAGAGCCAGGGUCAGAACUGCUGGCCAGCAGCCGGCUUACUUCCCGUCUGGGAGGCAGCCUUCUCUUUGGCAGUUUGGUGCCAGCCACCAAGGAGGCCUCCACCCUGGAACCACUUGGUGCAAAACUAUCUGCUCUGCCACCCCAUGGGGCACCAAGGCUGAAGAAGGGACCAGGAAAGUUGACCCUGCUCUGCAGCGGAAGGCCGCCUCCAGAGAAGCCAGCACAGGCACAGGAUCCGGAGGGGUGGAGUCCAGCCCUGAAGAUCCAAGGCAAACUGAACACCAGGCCUGGGAAGGUGAUCCUCUUCUCAGAACCUGGCUGCCAAGGCCACAGCAGGGAAGUCUGGGGAGACACUGCUGAUGCCUCAACCUGGGCCCUCGUUGCCUCCAUAAGGGUGGUGCGAGGCUGCUGGAUGCUAUAUGAACAGCCAGAGUUUCAGGGCAGGAAGCUGGUCCUGCCUGAAGGAGACCUAGAACUCAGAGCCCCAGCGUGGACUACUGAAGGCAUAGGCUCCCUAAGAAGGGUUGUCCAGGAUUACUGCACCCCGGAGAUCAGCCUGUUCUCUGAGGAGGGUCUCACCGGUGAGCAAGUGAAGCUAACCGAGGCUUUGAAGGACUCCCAGGGGCUAGAGAGAUCCCUGCAGGUGGCAUCUGCCAGUGUCUCUUCAGGACUGUGGUUGCUAUACCCCAAACCAUUCUUCGAAGACACCCCUUACAUCCUUGAGCCUGGAGAGUACCCCACGUCGGAGGCCUGGGGUACACUGGACCCCAGUGUGGGCUCCCUGAAGCCCAUGAGAUUGGGCUGCCCAAGUGUGGAGAAGCCAGGGGAACCCAAGGCUGUGGUGUAUGAGGCCCAAGGUUUUCAGGGCAGGAGCUGGGAAGUUAGUCGAGAUAUUUACAACCUUCAGCAACCAGAGGACAUCCAGAGCCCCAAACUGGCCACUGUGGGGUCCCUGCGAAUUCUUGGGGGCUGCUGGGUGGGCUAUGAGAAAGAGGGCUUCCGGGGCCACCAAUACUUGCUGGAGGAGGGUGAAUAUGCUGACUGGUCCCGAUGGGGCGGCUAUGACGAGCUGCUGACCUCGUUGCGUGUCAUCCGCACGGACUUCGGGGACCCGGCCGUGGUGCUGUUUGAGGCUGUGGACUUCGAGGGGCACGGUGUGGAGGUGAGCACGGCACUGGCAGACGUGGAGCUAGCACGGCACGGCCCCCACACACAGGCCAUCCACGUGCUCAGCGGCGUGUGGGUGGCCUAUGAACAGGUAGGCUUCUCGGGGGAGCAGUACGUGCUGGAGAAGGGCGUGUACCGCAACUGCGACGACUGGGGCGCGGGCAACAGCGCCCUCGCCUCGCUGCAGCCGGUCCUGCAGGUAGGGGAGCACGACCUGCACUUCGUCUCAAAGAUUCAGCUUUUCUCAGGCCCCGACUGCCUGGGUGAUCACAUCUCCUUCGACGAUGACCAGGCCUCUCUGCCCGUCACCUUCCAGCCCCAGUCCUGCCGUGUCCACGGCGGCAGCUGGAUCCUGUUUGAUGAGAAGAACUUUGAGGGGGACCAGCACAUUCUCUCUGAGGGGGAGUUCCCCACUCUCACGGCCAUGGGCUGCCUGGCCUCCACCGUCCUGGGCUCUCUUCGGAAGGUCCCCCUGCACUUUUCAGAGCCUGCCAUUUUCCUGUAUGCCCUGGAGUGCUUCGAGGGGAAGGAGAUUGAACUCAGUGGGGAAGUGCGGAGCCUGCAGGCUGAGGGCUUCAACAAUCACGUGCUGUCCGUGCGGAUCAAGGGGGGCGUUUGGGUGCUUUGUGAACAUAGCGACUUCCGAGGCCGCCAGUGGCUGGUGGGCAGCUGUGAGAUCACCAACUGGCUGACCUACAGUGGCACCCAGAGGGUAGGCUCCCUCUACCCCAUCAAGCAGCGCCGAGCCUACUUCCGCCUCUGGAAUGCAGCACUGGGGGGUUUCCUGGCAGUGCCAGACCACGUGGAGGAUAUGAAGGCAGGCCGUGUGGUUGUUUCUGAGCCUCAAGCUGGGGGCAGCUGCAUCUGGUACUAUGAGGAUGGGCUGCUGAAGAACCAGGUGGCCCCCACCAUGAGCCUACAGGUGAUUGGACCUCCCAGCCCAGGCUCCAAGGUGGUGCUGUGGGCUGAGAGCCGCCUGCCACGCCAGACGUGGAGCAUCAAUGAAUUGGGCCACAUCUGCAGCCAGAUGUUUGAGGGCUGGAUCCUGGAUGUGAAGGGUGGCCGAGGCUAUGACCGGGACCAUGUGGUGCUGUGGGAGCUGGCCAAGGACAGGCCAUCUCAGAUCUGGACCAUCCACCUACUUUGAACCUUCCUCCUUCCCCAGCCCCAGGUUUUGCUGGGAUGAAAUGUUUUUUUGUUUUUGUUGUAACAUAAGCAAUUUUCUAAUAUGCUGCCAGGU